AUGUCCACUGCAAUCGACAACUCCGUACAGUCGGAGGAUAAAUCACCGGAAGACGUGCCCCUCGUGGCGUCUAUCGACGUCGGAACUACGUCGUCGCGAGUCAUUCUAUUCAACCUUUUAGGCCAGGAGGUUUCCAAACACCAGAUCGAGUACUCCACGUCUGCGUCCAAAGAACAAUUUGCCUCUGUGGGCGCCCGUCGCUCGUCGGUGGGCACUGCAGGCUCCGGAAGCCCUCAAAGCACCGCAGGGAGCUCAAGCUCGCAACCAAUUUUCUCUGCUGAGGGUAUCGCAAUCGAAGCCAAUGAAUUUUUAGAAAUUGAAGACCUUACAGGUCCCUCCAAUCCGACCCUCAGCUUUCCCCGGCCGGGCUGGGUCGAGUGCGAUCCACUCGGGAUUCUUGUCCAUGUCGUCCAGUGCUUCGCUGCAAACCUCAUCUCCAUGAAUAAGGUUAAUGGCGACCGCGUCUCCGCCAAUUUGCCCCCCUAUCGCAUUCAAUGCAUCGGUAUUGCCAACAUGCGUGAAACAACACUUGUGUGGUCUAAAAAGACGGGCAUGCCCAUCGUAGACUACGGAAUUGUGUGGAACGACACUCGCAACACAAGCAUUGUCACGGAAAAACGUAAUAGUACCCCACAAGCGCUGCAGGACAGGCUCAGGGCCAAAACCGGACUUCCAUUGUACUCGACAUAUUUUUCGUGCUCCAAGCUGCGCUGGUUGCUCGACAACGAACCUGCUGUCCGCGAUGCGUACGACUCGGGCGACUUAAUGUUCGGAACGGUCGAUACGUGGCUCAUAUACCAUCUGACUACGGAAAACGCGUUUGUCUCCGACGUCACCAAUGCGUCUCGGACAGGUUUCAUGAACCUCGACACUUUGGACUACGACGAUGAACUACUGGAUUACUGGGAUAUCUCCAAAGACAAAAUCCAUCUGCCCAACAUUGUGUCGUCAUCUGAGUACUACGGAGAUUUCUGCGUUCCUGAGUGCGUCAAAUCCAGCUUAACGUCUGUUGCUUGGACUCUGUUGGGCGAUUUCGUCACCAGAGUGCCUGCGGUGCCCAUUCAGGGCUGUCUCGGGGAUCAGAGUGCAUCUUUGGUUGGCCAGUUAGCAUUCAAACCUGGCGCAGCCAAAUGUACUUACGGCACUGGCUGUUUCCUACUCUACAAUACGGGAAAGAAAAAGCUAAUUUCAUCGCACGGUGCCCUGACCACCUUUGGCUUCUGGUUUCCGCAUUUGGAGAACGAGGAGCAUGCGCAGCCUCAUUUUGCACUAGAGGGCUCGGUGGCUGUCGCAGGAGCCGUGGUCCAAUGGCUUCGUGACAACUUAAGACUUAUUCCAAAGGCCGAGGACAUUGGGCCCCUAGCGUCAAGAGUAAGUGACAGCGGAGGGGUUGUGUUUGUACCCGCGUUUUCAGGAUUAUUCGCGCCUUACUGGGACGCAAGUGCAAGAGCUACCAUUAUGGGUAUGUCGCAGCAUACCACGUCUUCUCACUUGGCCAGAGCAGCCGUGGAGGGAGUAUGCUUUCAAGCUAGAGCUAUUUUGAAAGCCAUGAGCUCCGAUGCCGCUGGUGAAGGUGCCAAGGACAGAGACUUUUUGGAAGAGGUAGUGGACGGGACCUACGAGAAGGCGCCUUUGUCAGUGCUUGCAGUUGACGGCGGAAUGUCCAAAUCCAAGGAGGUGAUGCAGAUUCAGGCCGACAUCUUGGGGCCUUGCGUCAAAGUAAGAACGUCUGCGAGCUCGGAGUGCACUGCAUUGGGAGCCGGUAUAGCCGCUGCUUUAGCCUACAAAAAUCGUGAGAAUCGCAGACUAUGGAAAGACCUGAAGGACGUCAAGAAAUGGAUUAUGUACGGGGGCGAAGAGCCCAUGGGCAAGGCCAGAGAGGCAUUCGAGUCGUCGCAAUCGAGAACUUUCAGAUCCAAGUCGUUGGAUAGCGACAGAAGACGGAAGUGGAAGCUUUGGGAAGCAGCGAUUGAAAGGUGCAGGGGCUGGACGGACAUAAUGGAGGAUGAGGUUGGAACAAUCCCAAAAGGAACCGUUGCCGCCAAGAGCAUGUGA